AUGUCCACUGAACAACAAGGCUGUGAUAUGAUCGAGUGCAACACUUGUCGUUCACCAAUGGCCGAAGCCAUUACGCGAGAUCUAUGCGAAGAAUUGGAACUUAACUGGGUAAUCGAUAGUGCUGGUCUUCGCUCCUGGAACGUAGGUCGCCGUCCGGAUGAAAGAUGUCUUAAAAUCUUGGAAGAAAAUGGCUUAUCGACUAAGCAUUACGGGCGCAUGGUUAACUUGGAUGACUUUCGGAAUUUCGAUUACAUUGUUUGCAUGGACGAAACGAAUGCUAGUGAAUUGCAAGCUAUGUCUGAAAUGGUUGGCAGGAAGUGCAAAGCACGGAUCGAGCAAUUGACCUCUUAUUUACAUGAUGAUGGUGAAGAAAUGAUAAAAGAUCCAUUCUUUACGCGGGGACUCAAUGGUUUUCGUUGCGCUUUCAAUCAAAUCUCUCGCUGUUGUCGUACCUUUAUAAAGCAGGUCCAACAUCGUGAAAAUCAUGGCUUUAGUUUGCCUUUAGGACAGAAUUAG